UAUAUCGGAAAAAAAAAGAGACAAGAAAAAAAAAAAAAACAACAACGACGAAAGCGUCUAAUACAAAAAAGAGGUGCUUUUGCUUAUUAGGAUUUCUUCUUCUCGACCCAAUUUGAAUUUAUUUGUUCGCUUGAAUGUUUCUAAGCUUCUGAUACACUUCCAUUAGAUUCAAUCGCAUUUUUUGUGUGUGUGUGUGUGUGUGUGGGUAUUUGUAUUAUUCUGUUGAAUGAUAUAAUAUAAUCUGGGGGGGGGUUUUGGAGUUGCAGAGUUCAUUUCCUCCUUGCCGUAAGUUACAUACUGACAUUUGCGUUUGUGGACGAUCGGAGGAAUCUCUCAUGCGUUUUUAGAUCCAACACCAAGCUCAAUAGUUUCUGAUCGGUUUAAAUCUCCGGUUAAGAAAAUGGCUUGUACUACAGUUAAUGUUGGCUCUUCCGUUUGGGUUGAAGAUCCAGAGGUGGCAUGGAUAGACGGUGAAGUUAUCGAAGUUAAAGGAAAUGAUAUUAAGGUCCUAUGUACCUCAGGGAGGACGGUGGCUAUUAAAGUUUCAAAUGCAUACCCAAAAGAUAUUGAAGCUCCAGCUUCUGGAGUGGAUGAUAUGACUAGGCUAGCAUAUUUACAUGAACCAGGAGUCCUCCAAAAUAUGAAAUCAAGAUUUGAUAUCAACGAGAUAUAUACUUACACAGGGAAUAUUUUGAUUGCUGUAAACCCUUUUAGAAGACUACCGCAUCUUUAUAACAACCAUAUGAUGCAACAAUAUAAAGGGGCAGGCUUUGGUGAACUGAGCCCCCACCCGUUUGCAGUUGCAGAUGCAGCUUACAGACAAAUGAAAAAUCAGGGCAUUAGUCAAUCAAUCUUGGUAAGUGGUGAAAGUGGAGCAGGAAAAACUGAGACUACUAAAUUGCUUAUGCAAUAUCUGGCAGACAUGGGAGGUCGAGCUGUUUCCGAAGGAAGGACUGUCGAAAAGAAAGUUUUGGAGUCUAACCCUGUCCUAGAAGCAUUUGGAAAUGCCAAGACUGUCAGGAAUAACAAUUCAAGUCGAUUUGGUAAAUUUGUGGAGAUUCAGUUCGAUCAAAGGGGAAGAAUAUCAGGAGCUGCUAUCAGGACUUAUUUGUUAGAGAGAUCGCGGGUUUGUCAAGUCUCAGAUCCUGAGAGGAACUAUCACUGUUUUUACAUGCUUUGUGCUGCACCACCUGAGGACAUUAAAAAAUGGAAAUUGGCGGAUCCAAGAAAAUUUCAUUACCUGAAUCAAUCUCAAUGCAUUGAGUUGGAGAGAAUGGAUGAUGCGAAGGAGUAUCGUGAAACUAGAAAGGCAAUGGAUGUUGUUGGAAUAAAUUCAGAGGAGCAGGAAGCAAUAUUUCGAGUUGUGGCUGCUAUUCUUCAUCUAGGUAAUGUUGAAUUUGGAAAAGGAAAAGAAGCAGACUCGUCAGCCCCGAAAGAUGAGACAUCCAACUACCAUCUGAAGACUGCAGCUGAGCUCUUCAUGUGUGAUGAGCAGGCACUAGAAGAUUCUCUUUGUAAACGUGUAAUUGUGACACGUGAUGAAACCAUUACGAAACGUCUGGAUCCAGAAUCUGCAGCACUCAGCAGAGAUGCAUUGGCAAAAACUGUGUACUCAAGAUUGUUUGAUUGGAUUGUGAACAAGAUCAAUAACUCAAUUGGACAAGAUCCUAAUUCAAAAUAUUUGAUUGGAGUGCUGGAUAUAUAUGGGUUUGAGAGUUUCAAGACAAACAGUUUUGAGCAAUUUUGCAUCAAUUUGACCAAUGAGAAACUUCAGCAACAUUUUAAUCAGCACGUCUUCAAAAUGGAACAAGAUGAAUAUAAUAAAGAAGAAAUUGAUUGGAGUUACAUUGAGUUUGUAGAUAAUCAAGAUAUUUUGGACCUUAUUGAAAAGAAACGUGGUGGUAUCAUUGCUCUCCUGGAUGAAGCUUGCAUGUUCCCAAGAUCAACGCAUGAAACAUUUGCUGAAAAGAUGUAUCAAACGUUCAAAGAUCACAAGCACUUCAGUAAGCCAAAAUUAGCUCGUACUGACUUCACAAUUUGCCACUAUGCUGGUGAUGUCACUUAUCAGACCGAACAGUUCCUGGAAAAGAACAAAGAUUAUGUUGUUGCCGAGCACCAGGCUCUGCUAAAUGCUUCGAGGUGCGCAUUUGUUGCAUGUCUCUUUCCUCUUCUUGCGGAAGAUGCUAACAAAAAAUCGAAGUUCUCUUCGAUUGGUUCACGAUUUAAGCAACAAUUGGUGACAUUGCUUGAAACCCUGAGUACUACUGAGCCUCACUAUAUUCGUUGCGUGAAGCCCAAUAAUGUUCUGAAGCCUUUGAUCUUUGAGAACCAAAAUGUUUUGCAACAGCUACGAUGUGGGGGUGUGAUGGAGGCAAUCAGGAUUAGCUGUGCUGGAUUUCCUACAAGAAAAAGAUUUGAAGAGUUCCUAGACAGAUUUAGCAUCCUUGCACCUGAAGUUUUGGAUAAGAGUUCUGAUGAUGUAGCUGCCUGCAAGAAACUUCUUGAAAAAGUUGCACUCCAAGGAUACCAGAUUGGUAAGACGAAGGUUUUCCUCAGGGCUGGACAGAUGGCUGACUUAGAUGCUCGGAGGAAUGAGGUCUUAGGCACAGCAGCCAGCAGCAUCCAGAGAAAAUUCCGCGCGUACUUGACCCGCAAAACUUUUACAAUGCUUCGCAAGGCUGCAAUAAAUAUGCAGGCUGUGUGCAGAGGUCAACUUUCUCGACGUACCUUUGAGGGAUUGCGGAGAGAGGAUGCUGUUUUGAAGAUUCAGAGAGACAUACGGAUGCACCUUGCUAGGAAGUCUUACAAAGAAUUAUAUUUUUCUGCUGUUUCCAUUCAAUCAGGAAUUCGCGGUAUGGCUUCCCGUGACGAGCUACGGUUCCAAAGGCAGAACAAGGCGGCAAUUAUGAUACAGAGCCAUUGCCGCAAAUUCCUGGCCAAGUUGCACUACCAGAGGCUAAAGAAAGCAACAAUUACAACACAAAGUGCAUGGAGAGCAAGGUUAGCCCGUCAAGAACUGCGUAAGCUUAAGACGGCUGCAAAGGAAACGGGAGCCCUUCAAGCGGCCAAGAAUAAGCUUGAGAAGCAAGUAGAAGAACUCACAUGGAGAUUGCAGCUAGAGAAACGCAUGAGGGAAACCAAAGUCAAGCUCUUACAGGAACUGGAAGCUGCUAAAAAUACGGCAGAAAUUGUUCCUGUGUUGCAGGAGGUUCCUGUAGUUGACACAGAGCUAGUGGAGAAGCUAACUAGUGAAAAUGAGAAGCUCAAGUCCCUGGUAAGUUCACUAGACCUGAAGAUUGAUGAAACAGAGAAAAAAUUCGAGGAGACAAGCAAACUAAGCGAGGAGAGGCUAAAGCAGGCUUUAGAGGCUGAAACUAUUAUUGUUAAUUUGAAAACUACUGUGCACGAACUUCAAGAAAAAAUAUUGGAUGUGGAAUCUGAGAACAAAAUAUUGAGGCAGAAAUCCCUCAUCCAGACAUCGGCACAUCUCCCUCCGACUCCGGUUAAGGCCUCACAAAAUGGUCAUUUUAGUAGCAAAGAAAGUUUGCUCAAUGGAUCUGAGAUUGAAACACUGGCAAGAACCCAAGAAUCUGAUGCAAGAAGUCGGAAGUAUCAUUUGGAUCGUCAACGUGAGAAUGUUGAUGCUCUUAUCAACUGCGUAGUAAAUAAUAUUGGAUUCAACCAGGGGAAGCCUGUAGCGGCAUUUACGAUAUACAAAUGUCUUCUUCAUUGGAAAUCCUUUGAAGCUGAAAGGACUAGUGUGUUUGAUCGUCUUGUUCAAAUGAUUGGUUCUGCUAUUGAGGAUGAAGAUGACAACGAUCAUUUGGCUUAUUGGUUGUCCAAUACUUCAACCUUGUUGUUCAUGAUCCAACAAAGUCUCAAACCGGGUGCGACUGGCGCCACUCCACAGCAAAAACCACCUGUUUCAACCUCCUUGUUUGGAAGAAUGGCCAUGGGUUUCCGUUCAGCGCCUUCCUCUGCCGAGACUUCUGCAGCAGCAGCAGCUGCAGCGGCUGCAGUGAUUCGUCCUGUUGUGGCCAAGGAUCCAGCUUUGCUUUUCAAACAGCAGCUUACAGCUUACGUUGAAAAGAUAUUUGGAAUGAUUCGGGAUAACCUGAAAAAUGAGUUGCAAAGUUUGCUUUCCCUUUGCAUCCAGGCGCCGCGGACAUCAACAGGACGUUCGUUACGAUCUGCAAAGUCAAUGGGCAAGGAUUCUCCUUUAGACCACUGGAAGGGGAUUAAUGAAGGCUUGAACGCAAUUCUAAGCACAUUGAAGGAGAAUUUUGUUCCUCCUGUUCUUAUCCAAAAUAUAUUUACUCAGACAUUCUCGUUCAUCAAUGUCCAAUUAUUUAACAGCCUUCUUUUGCGACGAGAAUGUUGUACAUUUAGCAACGGAGAAUUUGUAAAAUCUGGUCUAGCAUUGCUAGAGGAGUGGUGCGCCGAAACAAAAGAAGAAUAUGCUGGCUCAUCUUGGGAUGAACUUAAACAUAUCAGGCAAGCUGUUGGAUUCUUGGUCAUCCAUCAGAAGUAUAGAAUCUCAUACGAUGACAUUGCACAUGAUUUAUGCCCUAUCCUUAGUGUCCAGCAACUUUACAGAAUAUGUACACUGUACUGGGAUGACAGCUACAACACAAGAAGUGUAUCCCAAGAUGUGAUAUCAAGCAUGAAAGUGCUUAUGACAGAAGAAUCAAACAACGCUGACAGUAAUGCCUUCUUGUUAGACGAAGAUUCUAGCAUUCCUUUCUCGGCUGAUGAUCUAUCGAGUUCAAUGCAAGAGAAGGAUUUUGCGGAAAUGAAACCAGCUGAAGAACUUGGAGAAAACCCAGCUUUCAGUUUCUUACUAUAACGGUGAAAUACCAAAAGAAGCUGCAGGUGUACUUCUCCCUUCAAGAUCACACCAAUGGAAGCAUGAUGAAGAAGAAAAACAACAUGUGCCGGAGAUUCCCAUAUUCUUUUUUUCAUUCAUCACCGUCAUGGCGAGACAUAGAUUGAUUGAUUCUCCAUAUCGUUUUUUUUUUUUACUCAUCGUCUCUGAUCAUCCCAGAAGUUCCUUAAGGUCUGUUAUAUUAUUUUGUCUGGGAGGAAGAGAGAAGAGACAUGGAACUCUAUGUUUUGUUCUUGUGCAGUUUCUCUUCUUUCUUCGUUUUGGUUCAACUUUAGUUUUAAUUUUUGGUGAAUUUUAUAGAUCUGGUGAAGUGCACCAGUUGUUAUAGCAAAGAUAUAAUAACUCAUAUUUUGGUUUGUACAAAAGGAAACAACUUAGGUGUGGGUAUAAGGAUGACUGGCUUUGGUA